CAAGUGGACAAUAUUUUGCACUGUACAACAAGUGUGACUACUUCACACAAAAAGAAACUCUUUUUUUUUUCUUUUUGUCUUCAACUCCAAAAACCAAGAUUUUAUACACUUUUUUUUGGAAAAUACAGUAUAAAAAUACGUAUUUUUUCUUAAUCAUAGAGAGAGAAUAGUGAAGGGAAGAGGAGUAUUUCAGAAGCCUCAGUGGCUUACUGUUUUCUCUGAUUUUGAUGCAUUGCAGAAGAAGAAAAAAAUUUAAAGUUUUAAUAAAUUAACAAAUUGAAGAAAAAAAUGGCAGAAAAAGGAAUUUAUAUAGAAAGAGUUUAUGUUUUUGCUAAGCCAAAAUAAUCUCUCUAUCUCAUCUGCAUUUUGGUUUUUUCCUCUCUUUUUUUCUUUCCUCUUUCAGAUUUCAAGUUUUGACAAAAGAAAAUCAGUAAGGGGUUGCUGGUUUUCUUGCUAGAAGAUCGAGAUUUAUAGAUAAUGCGGUGUAAACUACAUGCUUCAUAAGCAAAUUUAAUGGAUGAUAAUCUGAUGGCUGAUCCUGAUUCGGAGUCCAUUUUUCGCUCCGAUGCAUUGGGCUUACGGCAUAUUAGCAGCUCACUUUUCAAUAUUCCUGGUUUCCUGGUUGGGUUUAGCGCUAAGGGUUCUUCAGAUUCUGAUGCAGUACGAAGUCCUACAUCUCCUCUUGAUUUGAGAGUUUUUGCGAAUCUUAGCAACCCUUUUAGUGUUAAGUCUCCUCAAUCGCCAUCCCAAAAUGGUUACCGGAAGAAAUGGGAUUGUAAUAAGAUAGAUUUAGGCAUUGUGAAUUUGCUUGCUGAUGAAAAUAAACCCAAUGGUGAAAAACUCGAGUUCCCAAAGAGAAAGAAUAUAAUAUUUAGGCCACGGAUGAAGACUGAACUUCCUUGUUCCUCGAGGUAUUCACACGAAUUCCUCGGAAAUUCUAUGAAAUCCAAUUCUUUGCCUAGGAAUUACAUAAUUUCACAACUUUUCCAAGCCAGAAAACCCGAGACCAAGUCCGGAGAUUCUAGUCUUGUCUUUGGAAAUGAGGAAGUGCCAUUAGAAACCAAACCAGAUUCCUGGCUUUCCGCUUCCUUUAUAGCUUCUACCCAAAGCUCUGAUUCAAGUCCCAAAAAUUUUUGUUCGGAGAAUAGAACCAUCGGCAUUAAUAGUUCACCUCAACUGGUAAGUAAGCCAAGUUCACUUCCUACACCCCUUGGCCAUACCUCGGGAUCUCUCUCCGCGCACGAGAUAGAGCUUUCGGAAGAUUAUACUUGUAUCAUUUCUCAUGGUCCAAACCCGAAAACAACUCGCAUUUUUGGUGACUGUAUUUUGGAAUGUCACAACGAUGAGUUGACCAAUUUUGAUAAAACAGCUGAACAAUUGCCUCGAUUCGCUAAGAACACGGAGACGUUAACCGCUUACCCUUCUGAUGAGUUCUUGAGCUUCUGUUACUCUUGCAAGAAAAAGUUCGAGAAAGAUGACGACAUUUAUAUGUACAGGGGGGAAAAGGCGUUUUGCAGUACUGAUUGCCGCUCCGAGGAGAUUUUUGCAGAGGAAGAAAUGGAGAAAACCUGUAAUAAGACCUCCGAUGAUUCUCCUGAGCAUAGUGACAACGAGGAUCUCUUCGUAAUAGGUAUGCCUGUUAACAUGUAAUGGGCUAUAAUGACCGACUGCGUUUCCGCAAGGCUUCCAUGCCUUUGAUGAUCGAGGCAUAAAUCGCAAGUCGCGGAUAGCACAACAUAGAAUUUUAUUUAUAAAUCCAGUGAUAGAUAUAAAUAUAUAGACCGGUGUUGCAUUAUAAUUUUGUUUAGAUGAGUUAGUAGCGGCCGGAAGCCCCGUCUCAUCGGUUUUCCUUUUUUCUAAUUUACCUGUUAGUAUCGUUGCUCUCCUGUGAGAGUUGUUGUAUAAUCCUCUCAAACUUGAAGAACUCAUUGUCGAAACUCAAAUGUAUGCAUCGGUGUUCACUCGAUUUAAUAUGCAUUCGCUUUCGGACAACAAAAUGGAGAUCAACCUUAUUUGUCUGCCAUAGAUUCUAGUUUAUGCAUGUUAGUGAGGCUCGUGUUCUGCACAUAUGAUAUGUUGUUAAGAUCUCUAAGGAUUCUCAGAACACAUGAAAACACAUAUUUGUAUCUUAUGUUUAAGUCUUGAGUAACAUACCUAUUGAAUGCUUCUUUGAA